CAGGACGAGCACACCACCGAGAGACCCCAAUCCCAUGCUGCUCUCCCAGUCUCCAGCCGCUACCCAUCCACAGCUUCCCACCUCCUCGCGCCGCACACGCCGCUCGGCACAGCCAUGCCCGCGCGGCGCGGCCGCCGAGUCGCUCCUCCCUCGCGGGCUACGGCCGGAGUCGCUGCCACGCCACGUGGCGGUGGUGAUGGACGGGAACUCGCGGUGGGCGCGCGCGCGGGGCAUGCCGCCGGCGUUCGGGCACGAGGCCGGGCGGCGCGCGCUGGUGGAGACGGUGCGGCUCUCCCGCGCCUGGGGCAUCCGCGCGCUCACAGCCUUCGCCUUCUCCCACGAGAACUGGAGCCGCCCCAAGGCGGAGGUUGACUUCCUGAUGGGGCUGUUCGAGCGGGUGAUCCACGACAGCGUCGCCGAGUUCUUGAGGGACGGGAUUCGUCUACGUGUGAUCGGCGACUGCUCGAGGCUGCCGGCGUCUCUGCGGAGGACGGCAAGGGACGCCGAGGAGGCAACGAGGGACAACUCGCAACUCGACCUGACGCUGGCGAUCAGCUACAGCGGGCGAAGGGACAUAGUGCAAGCCUGCCGGAGCCUCGCGCAGAAGGUGCGCGGCGAGCUGCUCAGGCCGGAGGACAUCGACGAGUCGCUGUUCGCCGGCGAGCUCGAGACGAGCCGCGGUAGCGAGCUCCCGUGUCCUGACCUGCUCAUCCGGACCAGCGGCGAGCUGCGGCUGAGCAACUUCUUGCUGUGGCAGUCGGCCUACUCGGAGCUCUUCUUCACCGACACCCUGUGGCCGGACUUCGGGGAGGCUGACUACCUCGAAGCGCUGUGCUCCUUCCAGAGCAGAGACAGGCGGUUUGGCCGGAGGAAUUCGUAGCGCGACACCAAAAGUUGGUGUUUUUAGAAGCUUUAGUGCAUGACUGUUUUGUAGCCCAAAAAUGCUAGACAUAUAGCUUUUUUACAUGCUCUUUCCAUCUAACAACCAAUCACAAACCUCCCCCCUGAUUUCCUCUCCCCCCUCUGAUUUUCAGGGAAGUGGGCUGUCCCGCUCACCUGUUGGUCAAUAAAGAUUAACCCACCCCGUAAAAGACUGUAAACUGUUUGUACGUGUAGCAUUGUUGUUUGUAGCCACACUUGAUCGGUAGGUACAUUGGGCGGAGGCAUUUCAAGCAGAUCUCUUACAGGCAAA